CUGAAAACAAGUGCGAAGGAGACCCUGGUGUGUGUGUUGGUGUUUACAAGUCAUACAGGAUAGGUAAAAAGAAGAUGUCAGGUCGUCGUGUCGCUGCAGCAUGUGAUAGACGUCAGCUGCCACGGGGCAUGGGUAGCAUGGCGACCCCCCUCCUUGACCCGCGACCACUUCGACUGCCGUUUCUUGAGGCUGACAGUCGCCUCCAAUCGAUUUGCGGGCGCUCGAUGCAGCAGCCUUCGCGGAGGAGCAUUCUUCGGUCCCGGCCGCCGCCGCCGCCUCCUCCCCUGCCGCCGCCGCCGAUCGAUGCGCUCCGGGCUCCGGUCGCCAUUUUAGGGGGAGAGCGAGGGAGGCAGAAGGAAGGGUCGGCCCCUCCAAGGCAUUCCUUGCUCACAAUGUAUAGAACAAAAGUCAGUUUGAAAGACCGUCAGCAACUUUAUAAACUGAUAAUUAGUCAGCUGCUAUAUGAUGGAUACAUAAAUAUUGCCAAUGGCUUGAUAAAUGAAAUAAAACCACAAUCGGUCUGUGCACCAUCUGAACAACUGCUGCACCUAAUUAAGUUAGGAAUGGAGAACGAUGACAGUGCUGUUCAAUAUGCAAUUGGACGGUCAGAUACGGUAGCUCCAGGCACAGGAAUUGACUUGGAAUUUGAUGCAGAUGUGCAGACCAUGUCUCCCGAGGCUUCUGAAUAUGAGACUUGUUAUGUCACAUCUCAUAAAGGACCAUGUCGUGUAGCUACGUAUAGCAGAGAUGGACAGUUAAUAGCUACAGGAUCUGCUGAUGCCUCAAUAAAAAUUCUCGAUACAGAGAGAAUGUUGGCCAAAAGUGCUAUGCCUAUUGAGGUCAUGAUGAAUGAGACAGCGCAGCAAAACAUGGAAAAUCACCCCGUUAUUCGGACUCUGUACGAUCAUGUGGAUGAAGUUACGUGUUUAGCUUUUCAUCCAACAGAACAGAUCCUAGCAUCUGGUUCAAGGGACUACACACUUAAAUUGUUUGAUUAUUCAAAACCUUCUGCCAAAAGAGCCUUCAAAUAUAUACAGGAAGCAGAGAUGUUGCGCUCAAUUUCUUUUCACCCUUCUGGAGAUUUCAUACUUGUUGGUACCCAGCACCCUACUUUACGACUGUACGAUAUCAAUACUUUCCAGUGUUUUGUGUCUUGCAAUCCUCAAGAUCAGCACACUGAUGCCAUAUGUUCAGUAAAUUACAACGCAAGUGCAAACAUGUAUGUGACGGGAAGUAAGGAUGGAUGCAUCAAACUGUGGGAUGGUGUUUCAAAUCGCUGUAUCACUACUUUUGAGAAGGCACAUGAUGGAGCCGAAGUCUGUUCUGCUAUAUUUUCCAAAAAUUCAAAGUACAUCUUGUCAAGUGGAAAAGACUCUGUAGCUAAACUGUGGGAGAUAUCCACUGGUCGAACACUGGUCAAAUACACAGGAGCUGGAUUGAGUGGACGACAAGUACACAGGACACAAGCUGUCUUCAACCACACAGAAGAUUAUGUGCUGCUGCCAGAUGAAAGGACCAUAAGUCUCUGCUGCUGGGAUUCAAGAACUGCUGAACGGAGAAACCUUCUUUCUCUUGGGCACAACAGCAUUGUCCGUUGUAUUGUCCAUUCUCCUACCAAUCCUGGCUUCAUGACCUGCAGUGAUGACUACAGGGCUAGAUUUUGGUACAGGAGGUCAACAACAGACUAAGGACAGCUUUAUAAAACAGUCAUUAUCCAGAUUCAUUAUAUCAUCUUGUAUUGAUUGUACUGCCAACAGAUGCCUAGAUGAAAGCCGUGCUGUGUCUAUUUUUUAAUUCUGUCAAAUGUGGCAGAAAAAUACCAAAAUACUGAGACUUAAGUUUUGCCCCACGCUAAUUUUUUUAUUAGUGUGUGUGGCAUUAAUUUUUGUAAGUCAUCUCUAAUUGUACUCAAGGGGUUGGGGAAGGGAGAAUAAAAUGAUCCUUGCAGGAAGGAUUAAACUUUUUCUCCUGUCUUUCUAAAUCCUGCGAAAGAUAAUGUGACUGUAUCUUGCUCAAACUGGGCAGUGUGAGCCAGUUUUGCUCUGCAUUGUAUCUGUGCAAUCCCACUGAAGUCUGUUUAAAGAAUGGAUUACACAAGUAAUAGCAGAACUUGGCAAGUAUUUUCAUGAAGCCUUAAGCUGCCUUCAGUUCUGAUUUAUUCUUUGUAAAGCUCCGUUUUGUAUCUUUUAGUCUGGGGGGAGGUGGGGUUGGUGGAUUAUUUUUUUUUUUUUAAUUGGCCAAGUGGACCUUCAAUUCUGAGCCAGUCUAGUGCCACGAGAAUUUGAAACGGGAUUUUAAAUUGUUUAGAUGAAUUCAAGAAAUCGUGUUCUGGUAUUAAAGCUCAGACUUGAAAUCUUGUCUUCUUUUGAAUUUAUCUUAACAAGUGGGACCUCUAAUUUCAUAGUAUUUUCAUGGGAUAUCCACAUUGCAACUGUAAAAUGUGGCUGUGCUGCAGCAUGUGAAAAUGAGAAUCAUUUUGCCAUAGAGACCUUUGGUAUCCUCUCAAAGAAACUGUUGUGCACAUUGGCUUUUGUAUAUGUACCUCAAAAAUGUCACUUUGCUUCAUUUUAUUGAGAAAUUUUUGUUCUCUGUUACACAGCACUUGAAUUACAAAUUUUUUUUUAAUUAUUCAGAAA